AUGUCCCCGACUGCUCUUCACGUCAACGGUCACCACGACUCGUUUGCCCUCCCUAACGGGUCGGCCGACCAGUCCAAGGUGCACCCGAGUGCCCGCCGUGCUCCUGCCGGCGGCCUCAUCAAGGUCGAGUCGGACUCUACUUCCUACGUGGAUGGUGGCAUCAAGGCUAGGUUCACCGACCGUGGCGCGGACGUGGUCAAGACCGCGGAUGGGAAGUUGACGGUCAAGAAGACCGAGAAGAACUUUGAGUUCUUCACCAAGAGCACCGUCGGCCGCGUCGGCCUCAUGCUCGUUGGCAUUGGCGGCAACAACGGUACGACCGUCGUGGCCACCAACCUCGCCAACAAGCACGGUAUCUCGUGGCACACGAAGAACGGCGAGCAGCAGCCCAACUACAUUGGCUCGCUCGUCCGUGCUUCGACCGUGUCGCUUGGUGUCGACCCCGAGACCGGCAAGCAGGUCCACGUCCCCAUCUCGGACAUGCUCCCCAUGGUCCACCCCAACGACUUUGUCAUUGGUGGUUGGGACAUUUCGGGUGUUGCCCUUGACAAGGCCAUGGCUCGCGGCAAGGUUCUCGACUAUGACCUCCAGCGUCAGCUUGUCCCCUACAUGGAGGGCAUGAAGCCCCUCCCGUCCAUCUACUACCCGGACUUUAUUGCCGCCAACCAGGCCGACCGCGCCGACAACCUCAUCCCUGGCGACGACAAGCUCGCUCACCUCGAGCAGAUCCGCAAGGACAUUCGUGACUUCAAGGAGGCCAACCAGCUCGACAACGUUGUUGUCCUCUGGACCGCCAACACUGAGCGUUACGCCGACAUUAUUCCCGGCGUCAACGACACGGCCGAGAACCUCCUCAACGCCAUCAAGAACUCGCACGAGGAGGUUUCGCCCUCGACCAUCUUUGCCGUCGCUACCAUCCUUGAGGGCUACCCCUUCAUCAACGGCUCGCCCCAGAACACCUUUGUUCCCGGCUGCAUUGAGCUCGCCGAGCAGCACAAGGCCUUCAUCGGUGGUGACGACUUCAAGUCGGGCCAGACCAAGGUCAAGUCGGUCCUUGCCGAGUUCCUCGUCAACGCCGGUAUCAAGCCCCUCUCGAUCUCGUCGUACAACCACCUGGGCAACAACGACGGCAAGAACCUCUCGUCGGCCAGGCAGUUCCGCUCCAAGGAGAUUUCCAAGUCGUCGGUCGUCGACGACAUGGUCGCUGCCAACCCCGUCCUCUUCAAGACCGCCGCCGACCUCUCGGCUGAGACUGGCGAGGUUGUCAAGAAGGGCGAGCACCCCGACCACAUUGUCGUCAUCAAGCACGUCCCCGCUGUCGGUGACUCGAAGCGCGCCAUUGACGAGUACUACUCGGAGCUCCUCAUGGGCGGCCGCAACGUCAUGAACAUCUUCAACGAGUGCGAGGACUCGCUCCUUGCCACGCCGCUCAUCUUCGACCUGGCCAUCCUUGCCGACCUUCUCACCCGCGUCACCUACCGCGAGGUCCCCAAGGAGGGCGAGGCCCCCGAGUUCCAGCCCCUGUACUCGGUCCUCUCGCUCCUCAGCUACAUGCUCAAGGCCCCCCUCGUCAAGCCUGGCACCGACGUCGUCAACUCGCUCAACCGCCAGCGCAACGGCCUCGACCAGUUCCUCAAGGCCUGCCUUGGUCUCGAGCACUCGGCCGACCUCCUCCUUGACACUCGUGUCUGGUAG